AAGAACAAAUUUUGAACUUCAUUUUACAGAAAGGAAAUGGAGGCCGGAACUGGGUGGACCAGCGACGACGCCAACACCAAGAACGGCUUAAGUUUGCCGGCGAAUCGGCAUGGGAACCUAAAGACUGCCUCUAGCGAUCAAAACCUCAGUAACAUUCUUCUUCAAAUCAAGUCCUCCAAAACCCCUGCAGUCAUCAAUUACGGCGCAACCUGGUGCGGAGUGUGUAGCCAGAUUCUUCCCGCGUUCUGCAAGCUGAGUGAUAGUUUCCCAAAGUUUUCGUUUGUCUAUGCAGAUAUUGAUGAGUGCCCUGAAACUACUCAGCACAUUCGGUACACGCCGACCUUCCAUUUCUACAGAGAUGGUGAGAGGGUUGAUGAGAUGUUUGGUGCCGGCGAAGAGCGGCUUCAUGAUCGCUUGUGGUUGCAUUCUUGAGGAAUGACUGUUUGAAAAUGUCAGGUAUUGUUCUCUGUAUUCAUUAUGGCUGUACAAUUUGCGGACAAAAUUAUCAUUGGAGUUAUAAAGUCCAUUUCUACUUGUAUUGUUUGUCGAGGUUUCAGUUUGCAACUAUGGAAUUUGAAUG